AUGCCCUUUCAGUCCACCUCAUCCCCGGUGUCGGUCUCUGAUCUCCGAGCCGAUCCAUCGCCCACCAAGGAGCCAGCGGGCAGACCGGCACAGAGGCCCCCACGACAUCAUCAUCAUGGCAGCCGGACGUCGGCCGCGAGGGCCAGGCGCGAGGCCGACGACCGGGGCGGUGCAGACGACGGUCUCCACCUUGGUGCUGCUGGAGCUGCGUCGACAGGCUCGACAUCCGGCCAGGCGCCCACAGAUAUCGCCUCCGCCAUCAUAGCCUACCAGCGUCGGAAUGCACGCUCCUCUGACCCUCGCCACGGCCCCGGCCGUUCCCGACCCUCCAGAAGAAACGGUAACAGAGAUACCCCGGAUACCGGCUCCGCCGACGAAGCGUAUCGCGACAAGCCGCCUGGCACCGGUCCUGCUCCUCCGAUCUCCAGCGAGGUUAAGAGAAGCCAGCAACGGGUCACGACCAGCACCGAGGCCGAAAGCUCGGCCACCGCAACAGGCUUUGCAUCAAGGCAGGCCCACGACGGUACCAAAACUGCUGGAUCAGGCGGGGCGAGGAGGAGCAGGCAGAGCUCAGAGAAAGGCGUGCUGCCGGACCUGCGUGCACAGGAGCGCAGUAGCAGCAUCGGCAGGCAGGAGGCGACAGGCGCGGCGAUGGCGCCAUCCACCGCCACCCGGGCCGGCGGGUCUGGACGACGUGAGAGGAGCGCACGCACCGCCGAGGGUCGCCACGCUGCUGCCGUCCAGGACUUUAGCAGCGUCAGCCGGGAUGGCAGGCAGCUCUUUGAUCCGAGACGCCACGACCCGGUCAGGUUUGCCAGCCAGCAGCGAACGAACCCUCCAAAUGCUUCGAUCGAUGAACACUCGCGUCAUCUGCCACCAAACGGGACCAACGCGACGCACGGCGUGAGAGGCACCCACCUGGCCGCGACAACAUCGCUGGGCGGAUCGAGGGUCGAGAGUUUUGCAGCGAGCCAGGCGACCGCAGCUUCGGGCAUUUCGCAGUUCCAGGCUGCCGGCCCCGAGCUCUCGAGCACCUACACCUUGUCGAUGCAUGUCCAAGAGAUCAAGCAGCUCUACCGCCGCAUCUGCCUGCUCGAGGCCAAGCUGCAGCAGGCGCACCGCUCCGAAGCCGACAAGCAGAGGGACAGCGCGACCACCGACGGCGCCCAGCCGCGCAGCCUCAACCACGACUACUGGCUCAGGCUGGCUGCCGACCACCGCGAGCUGGCCGAGCUGCAGUCGAGCUUUCUCGAGAUGACGCUGCGGUCCGACAUGCCAGAGUCGGUCCAGGAGCUGCCCCGCACCUACAACCUCCCCACCCGCCUGUGGCAGACGGGCUUCCACAUGAUGCUCGAGCGCCUGCGCCACAGCCUGCCCACCGCGCAGCAGGCCCGGAGCGUGCGUGCCUGCGGCUCGGAGCUGCUGGACCACCUCACCGAGUUCAUCUACUUCGCCUAUGCCUUCUACACCACCCUCUUUGAGACGGAAAAGUUCCGCGUAUUCCGCCGGGCAUGGAUCGAGAGCCUCGGCGACCUCGCCCGCUACCGGAUGGCCGUGGCCGGUCUGGCUGCGUCUCUCUCCCUCGACGACGACAGCGGCGUCCGCAACAAGGCGGAGCGGUCGGAACGCAGGCGGGCCGAGCACAUGCGCAUCGACGAUGACGACGGCGGCGACGAUGGCUUCGGCUAUGAUCGCGCAGGGUUCGAAGAGCCGGCCAUGGACGGCGCGAGCAUCGGCAGCGAUGCGCUUGGGGACUGGGAGUUUGUUGAGAAGGAGACCUGGCGACAGACGGCGCGCGAUUGGUACGCGCGGGGCUUGGCCGAGGCGCCCGGUGUCGGUCGCCUCCAUCACCACCUCGGCAUUCUGAGCAAGAACGACGAGCUCCGAGCGCUGUACCAUCUUUGCAGGAGCCUGACAGCAGCUCACCCGUUCGCCAGUGCCAAGGAGACGAUCCUGUCGCUCUUUGACCAUGAGCACCAGUCACGCCGUCUGCAGGGCGAUGCCUCGGUCGAGGAUCUCUUCAUCUACCUGCACGGCGCCCUGAUCUCGCGCGUCCAGCUCGACGACUUUGACGAGGUCUUUGCGCGGCUGCGCGAGAAGAUGGGGAGCGAAGGCGUGCUCGUCUGCCAGCACCCGCUGACCGAGUCCACCUGGAUGGUCAUGGCGUCCAUCAACAGCGCCGGUCUCCUCCAGUACGGCGCCGAAGGGUCUGCCGUGCUGCAGCCCCUGUUGCGACGCUCGACCAAGGCUGGCGAUACCCGGACGGCGAAGACCGACCGGGGCAAGGUAGCGACCCCGACGGCGAUUCUGGUCAAUCACAACGUCAAGGCCGAAGAUACUCAGGCCGGGGCCUUUCCGACGCCGGCCGAUGCGUGGGAAGAUGGGUCCGAGGACCUCUCGGACGCCGGCGACGAGAUCGCCGUCAUCCAGCUGGAUGGUCGGGAGGAAGCACAGGAUCAUCCCGAGGACGUGCCCGUCACGCUGACCUAUGCGAUGAGGCUGGCGUUCUUCAUGCUCGAAUUCUGCCUGCAUCAGCAGAACCACGGGGCUUCCAGCAUCGGCGGCGACGGCGGCACCAACCCGUACGUUACCGAGUUCCUCACCUUCAUCUUUUCGGUGAUCCGCUUCCGGCCAGUCCACCGGCUGGUUGAGCGGCACAUGCCGUGGCAAGCGCUAGUCGACUUCACACGGACACUUCCCGUCGAUGUGAUUGUCAGGGCGUCAAAGGACGCCCCUCCGUACAUCGCGGGCAAGUAUCCGCUGCCAGAGGAUUGGUGCCUGCGCGGCACCGCCGGCGUCGGCAAGCAGACCUACGACCGGGCGCUCUGGAAGAAGUCGUGCGCCUCGACUUCGGCGUCGUCGCUUCCCGUCUUCCGCACAGAGACCGAGGUGCUCGACAGCGAAGACGACGAGCUGCACGCCAAGUUCCAGACGGGGCCCUCGACGGUCCGGGGUGGCGAUCGCUGCCCGUCGCUCGAGGACCUUCGACGGCAGCGCAUCGCCUUUAUCGCAUCGCGGCUGGUCAAGACGUCUCGCGGGCUCGAACUCGACCCUCGAACGCAGACCUUCUCGAUUGCCAAGCCGCUGCAGUCGAGGAUCGCCCGCUGGAAGGCCGAAGAGGAGCGGCAGAAGCUCGAAAAGCAGCUCGAGAUGAUGAGGCUGGCCAAGUCGCUCGACCUCUCGUCGCACAACUCUCUGUUGACCCAAGACGACCUGGCGAGCGAUACGGAGACGGACGACGACGCCGGAGCCGCUGAUGGCGAGGACGAAGCCGUGCGGCAGCUGCGGGAGCGGAAGCGCUAUCUCAAGGGCGUCCUCCGGUCCACCAAGGCCAUCCUCGAGACAAGCGCCCCGCACAAGCCACCGCAGUCCCGCGGUUCACGCCCGAAGGCCAAGGCUCCUGGCGGCCGCAACGGCAGCAACGUUGCCGCCACCAACACUCUCGACUCGACCCGGAGGAAGCCAUUCUCGUUCCACGGCGUGCUGCCGGGCUACACUGUGCUGCUGAUGGAUACCAACGUCCUCGUCACGCCGGGCGACCUCUUGAAGCAGCUCGUCGAGUCGCAGAGGUGGACCGUGGUGGUACCGCUGGCGGUCGUGACGGAGCUCGACGGGCUGAAGCGCAACGCCAAUGCGCUCGGCGAGGAGGCGGCUCGGGCGAUCCGCUUCCUCGAAGGCCACAUCCGCAGCCACGCCAAGUGGCUCAAGGUGCAGACCAGCCGCGGCAACUACCUGUGCGACCUUUCGAUCCGGUCCGAGGACAUGAGCUUCGGCCUGCCCGCCUCGGCGGCGGCCGCAGAGGAGGGCGCGGGCGCGGGCGCGCGCGAAAAGAGCCUGGCGGCGCGCAACGUCGACGAGGUCAUCCUGCGCUGCCUGGCGUGGCAGACGGACCAUUUCGUCGACCGUCUGGCGCUCCUCACCGCCCACCCUGCCGCCGAGCGACUCAAGCUGCAGCCCGACACGGCCAAGGCGGCGCUCCUCACCCUCGACCGCAACCUGCGCGUCAAGGCAAAGGCGCGCGGCCUCUGCGGACUCGACGAGCAGGACAUCGCCGAGCUCAUGAUCAUGACGGCCGAGGCGCCGCCGCCGCCGCCGCCUGGGCCGCCUGGACCAGGACUUGGCGGCUCGGCGCAGAGGCAGAGAGAGGCCGUGUCGUGA